GUAGGUCGUCCCGAAGCCUGGCGUGUUUACCUCCUGCACAGCCGAGUGCUUGGUUACCGUCCUGUGUUAGAGUGCAGCGGGGCUGUGCGACUCCGGGAUGCCGGCGAACAAGCGGCAGAGCAGCGGCAGUGAAACGGGGAGCGCGAAGAAGAAGAAGAAGCGCCGAGCCAUCACGAUGGAGACUAAAGUGAAAAUAAUCGAGAGAAUGGAGCAGGGUUUAAAGAUGGCAGACGUCGCUCGUGCUUUUAACAUGAACCGCUCGACCAUCUGCUCGAUCGUGAAGGACAAGAACAGGAUCAUGGAGCACGUGAAGUCCGCUGUGCCGUCGACCUCGACGAUCAUAACGAAGAAGCGCGGGAAAGCGAUCGAGGAGAUGGAGAAGCUCCUGUCCGUGUGGAUGCAGGAUCAGCAUCAGCGCCGGGUCCCCGUCAGCCUGGUGCUGAUUCAGGAGAAGGCGAGGAGCCUGUACGAGGACCUGAAGGCCAAGUAUGGAGAAGAAUCGGACGGCGCGUCUUUUCACGCCAGUCAUGGCUGGUUUAAUCGCUUCAAGCUCAGAGCCAACCUCAUCAACUUGAAAGUAAGUAGAGAGGCAUCGAGUCCAGACACAGUAGCUGCCGAGGAGUUUCCUGAAAUGCUCCGGGAGAUCAUUGAGGAAGGUGAGUAUUUACCUGAGCAGGUCUUUAACGUGGAUGAGACGGGACUGUACUGGAAGAGGAUGCCGGACAGCAAGGCGGAAAAGGUCAUCCCAGGCUACAAAAUAGCAAAGGACAGUCUGACCCUGUUGCUGGGCGGGAACGCUUCCGGUGAUAUGAAGUUGAAGCCGCUUUUAGUUUAUCACUUGGAGAACCCUAGACCCCUUAAGAACAUAGCCAAGGGAUCUCUUCCUGUCGUGUGGAAGAGCAACCCCAAAGCCUUGGUCACGCAAGCCAUUUUCCAGGACUGGUUUUUCCACCAGUUUAUCCCAGAGGUGGAAAGAUAUUGCUUGGAGAGGGACGUCCCGUUCAACGUUCUGUUGCUGCUCAACAACGCCCCGGGCCACCCCCAGUUCAUGGACGACUUUCAUCCCAGCGUCAAGGUCGUGUAUCUGCCACAAAAUACCGCCUCGCUCAUCCAACCCAUGGACCAAGGAGUUAUAACGACUUUUAAGAAAUAUUAUUUGCGUCACGCCUUUCGUCAAGCAGUAAUGGCGAUCGAUCGAUCUGAAACGAGCGUCCAUCAAUUCUGGAAGGACUACAACAUCUACCACGCCAUAAAAAACAUCGACUUCGCUUGGAGUGAGGUGACGGCUGUCACCAUGAACGGGGCUUGGAAGAGCCUUUGCCCGCAGUUUGUCCGCGAUUUUCCCGACCAAGAGAAGGUGGACGAGGAGUCCAACUGUGUCCUGGGUGACUUGGUGAACCUCAGCGAGCAGCUGGAGAUGGAUCUGCACAAGGACGACUUCACAGAACUUCUCGCUGUGCACAACGAGGAGCUUACGAAUGAAGACCUGAUGGAAUUGGAGGCCCAGAGACAGGAAGAGGAGAGACUUGAUGAAGAUGAUGUCAUGGAAGAACCCAAGAGGUUCACAAAACAGGAAAUGGCGAGGGGAUUUUCUCUAUUUGAGAAGGCGCUGUCGGUUUUUGAGGCACAGGACCCGAACGUUGAACGGUACACGAAGAUGGCUGCGGCUGUUCAAAACGCAAUCCAGUGCUACCGUUGCAUCUAUGAGGAGAAAAAAAGAGGUACUAUGCAGACCUCAAUGAAUCGUUUUUUCAAGAGGGUAGAUAGAAUAAAAUCCUACAAGGAAUUUGCACCUGUGUCAUCACCUUCGAACGCGAGCGACAUGGAAUCCAGCAAGGAACUAGAACCUGAGUCGUCGUCAUCAGAUGUGAGUGAGAUCGCAUCCUGCAGGGAACAGUCAUCACAAUCAGACCCGAGUGAGGACAUUAAAAAAGAGACUUCAGGUAGAGAGAUGGAGGUCUGCGUGAAAACAGAGGAGACGCAGGAGCUGAACACGGACGGCCACGGACAGGACUUCGACAACACGCCUGAAGUUAGGCUUAUUAAAGGAGAAGAAUCUGACAAUGAGGAAUACCUCAGGCCAGGACAUCAGGAGCACGGAAACACAGUCUGGUCAUGAUAUCUAUUAAAACACUUAAGACUAUGGGGCACUUGAUGUCCAGUAGGGAGUCAUUUGAGGUGUAUUCCCUGUACGAACGCUGAUUAAAAGUGUAAGUCCAGGUUUUGUACUCUUUGAUGCUCAGGUCUAACAUAACAUUAAAUAUUGGAGAUGGGGUGGGGGGGGGAUGAUUAAGGGUUGCUCCCUUUGUGUGGCGAUUCCUGUAUCAUCACCUCCCGUUUGCCACUUUCACGAGUAACUUGUAUGUUAUCUGCAAAGGAAAUCUCCAUUGUGUUAUUUUUAUUUAUUUAUUUUUUAUUAUUAGAUUACAUUCAAGUUUUUUUUUAUUGUACAGAGCCAAUAAAAUGCAGGAUAAGUCGCCUUUUUACAUCAAAAUAACAACGUGUUAUAACAAACAGACUGUGCAGUAGGUAAUAAAGGUAAGGGUCAGCUCCUUACUGUCCUUUGAUAACGAUGUUCAUCUGGAAAAUGUCUGAACUUUACCUUAUAAAUAUAUUUUAAUUAACAAGAUGAAAAAAGUCUCAUUUAAAUGAUUACAUGCAUAUUAUCUUGUCAAGUCUUUUUUAUAUAUCUUUAAGAUUUAAAAGGGUAUUGACACCAAGCUGCUCUUUUUGGAACUCUGCGUCUGAUAUCAUUGCACGUUUAUUUUAGACGUGUGAUUUUAUACAGAAACCUUUUGGUCAGAUAUUCUGUAAUAUGUUUACUUUCUACUUGUGGCGCUUCUCCUUUAAAAAAAAAAAAAUCUAAUGCUUGUUUUUAUAC